AUGAGAAAGAAGGUCUCAACCUUGUAGGAUUAUGAAGAAUGCAAAUAGCAACUUCUCCUAGACUACCUCAGCACUUUGGAGGAAAAGGAUAAAGAGAAGCUCUUAGAAAAGUUGGAAUCCAUAAAUAUUCGAAAUCUUAUUGAUGUCUAUAGUCAUUAUAAAGAAAAGCCUAAUGAAAAUCGCGAACUAAAUCCUAUCAAAAAUGUAUUGCGAGUUGCCUCUACUCCCAAAGACACUCUCCAACAGUACCAAAAAUUGGGAGAAAAAUUAAUUUCGGAAGGAAAGGUUUGCGUGGCAAUGAUGGCUGGUGGCUAAGGUACCAGACUGGGUUUUAAUAAAGCCAAGGGAAUGUUUGACAUAGGUUUGCCUUCUCAUAAGACUUUAUUUCAAAUUUUUUGUGAACGAAUUUUGAGUCUCUAAAACAUGAUUCAAUCAAGAAUAGGAUAAUGUUUGCCCAUUCAAUUCUUUAUCAUGACUUCUGAUGUUAAUCAUGAAGAAACUACUCAGUUUUUCAUUGAAAAUAAUUACUUUAAUCUUCAAUCGGAUCAAAUCACUUUUUUUCAAUAGGACUCCCUUCCCAUUUUAUCAAUAAAUGGAGAAAUCAUGUUGAGUAAUUCUACAGCAAUUCUUGAAGGACCUGAUGGAAACGGAGGAAUCUUUAGUAGUCUCUACAAUCAGGGCUAUUUGGAUUAUAUGAAAUGUUUGGGCAUCAAGUACAUCCAUAUAUGUCCAGUGGAUAAUGCCCUUUGUAAAUUAUGUGAUCCCAUUUGGAUUGGAUAUGUAGAAUCAAAAAAUCUAACCAUUUGUAGCAAAUUUGUGAAAAAGGCCCAUGCAGAAGAAAAGGUAGGAAUUCAUGCUCUAAUCAAUGAAAAACCAUGUGUAAUAGAGUACAGUGAAAUGACAUAGGAAGAUCUACAUAAGAAGAACGAAGAAGGAGAGUUAAUCUAUGACGCGGGAGGUAUAGCGUAAAUGAUUUGCACUGUUGAAUUUGCUCAUAAAAUUAUAGAAGACCCUCAAACUAGUAAUAACUAUCAUGUUGCCUAAAAAAAAUAUGAUUAUUAUAAUAUCAAUCAGAGAUAGAUUGUUAAACCAGAUUAAAUAAAUGCUUUGAAAUUUGAACUGUUCUUUUUUGAUUGCUUUCCUCUCUGUCCAAAGGAGUAAUUUGGGUUGAUUGAAGUAAAAAGGGAAGAUGAAUUUGCUCCUGUCAAAAAUGCUCCUGGAGAUAAGAGCGAUACACCAGAAACUGCUAAGAAAUUGUAUUUGGAUAGAGAUUAAAAAUGGUUAAAAUAUUAUGGCUUAUAGUUCCCAUAAUAGGUUGAAAUUUCUGCUAAGAUCACCUAUUUUGGUGAAGGUCUUGAGAACAUUUUACCAAAAUAUUUAGGAAAUAAAUAAAAUCCAUUAAUAAUAACAAAUGAUAGAUAAUCAGCACCAAAAUCUCCAUAAUUAGUUAAAUAACCAUAACCAAAAUAAUAACCAUUACAAUAACCAUAGUAAUAAUAAUAAUAAUAAUAAUAAUAAUAACAAUAACAACCAAAAUAACCAUAAAAAUAAAUAUAAUAAACAUCAGUUCUAAAUUAAUAAAUUUAUCCAUAAGUAGUAUAUUCUUCAUUAAUCAAUUCAGUACAUCCAACUGUAUUACAGCCUAAUUAUUAUCCAUAUUAAUCAACACCUUAAAAUUCUAAAAACAUUUUAGUUUAAGAAAAUCCCAUCCAUUAAAGUUAGGUUUUGAAUCCUAGAUUAUCUAUGCAACACCAAACAUAAUCACAAUAAUAAUUAAAAUAAAUAAAAGCUAAUGCAUUUCCUACUUAAGGUAUAGCAGUUGCUACUCCAAAAUUAAUUAAUCCUUAAACCAGGUAUUAACCAAUAAUGUACUCUUAAAAUCUACUUAAUUAAAAAUAAAGCAUUAUCCAACCAGUUCAGAUUAAUUCAUCUUUGUCUCCUUAGAGAGUAACAUCAUAUUUCAAAUAAAGAGCUGUGACAGUACAAAGACCGACAAUGUUUGGCUAAUAACGUCCCCUAAUAAUAUCAGCUCAGCAAUACAUACCAAUAGCAACAAUAAAAAAAUGA